AUGCCCCGGCAUAAGAGCGCUGCAAUUGCUCUGGUGGUACAGGUAUUGCGGCCGAAUGUUCAACAGUUAGCUUCUCAUCCAAAUCUCUGUAGUUCUGAUAGCUUGCCGAAAUUUUUAAAGCAGUUCUUGCGAUGUUCAAUACUGUGUUAUGGCCACUUUUACUUAAGACUAAUCUUUGCUAUGGUUGUGCACUAUGACGAUUCCCUUCGCUUAGCAGUUUCUCUGAUACAGGUAUUGUGGCCGAAUGUUCAACAGUUAGCUUCUCAUCAAAAUCUUUGUAGUUGUGACAGCUUGCCGGACUUUUUAAGACAGUUCUUUCGAUGUUCAAUACUGUUAAAACGUCGUGCUCUUACAAGGCGGCACAGCGACGUUGGGUACUUUGCGGAACCAUUUCCACUAGAGCCUUGGUCAGAUGGGAAUGAGAAAGCCGUAAAGGACGAAGGCAUUCAUUUUUUGAUGCCUUUAAGAAUAACAGAGAAAAAGGAGGCUUUGGCAGAAGCUGUUGCUGCGUUAAAAGCUGCUGUCUCUUCAAGGAAAAAUGGGAAAAUGCAAAAAGCUGAAACAAUAAUCAAACACGCAUUGUCUUUGGCUCCUGACCACCCAGACAUACUUACUGAAUAUGGUAUUCUGGUUGAGACGGUGCGUCAGAACGUUGUUGAAGCUGAAGAAUUAUACACUCGUGCCUUAACGUAUAAUCCGCACCAUAAGGAAGCACUGAUCCGUCGUGCGAGAACUCUGCCGUUGGUGGAAGAAAUUGAUAAAAAAAUGCUUGAGGCUUUGCGCAGGAAAAGAGAUUAUUUUUUGCGGAUUCCAAGGAGUAGCCCAGCAUUAAAGCGCGCGAUGCGCGACUCGUACUUUAUGCAUAUAUAUCACACAGUUGCUAUAGAAGGCAACACUAUGACUCUGGUUCAAACUAGGUCCGUACUUGAGACUAGAAUGGCAGUAGGGGGGAAAAGUAUUAUGGAACACAAUGAAAUAUUGGGAAUGGAUGCUGCUCUUCGUUUUCUAAAUCAGAGCCUUGUGCAUGUUGGAUAUAUUAGUGUUGAAGAUAUUCUUGAGAUUCAUAGACGAGUACUUGGCUAUGUUGAUCCAGAAGCAGCAGGUGUUCUUCGCGUGACUCAGGUUUAUGUUGGAAGUUUUAUUCCUGUAGCUCCAGAACUUGUUCCUCGAGAGAUGGACGAAAUGAUAAGAUGGCUGAAUGAUGAGGAAACUCUAUUAUUGGACCCAGUAGAAUUUGCGGCUAUUGCUCACUACAAAUUGGUCUAUAUUCACCCAUUCGUGGAUGGUAAUGGCCGCACAGCGCGCUUGUUAAUGAAUCUUAUUCUUAUGCAGAAUGGUUUUCCUCCAGUCAUAAUUCCAGUGGAGGAAAGAAGUGAAUACUACAGGACACUAACUGUUGCUAACAGUGGAAAUCUUAGGCCGUUUAUACGUUUCAUAACGCGUCAAACGGACAACACUUUGCAGGUUCAAUUGUGCAUUUUUUUUUUUACCUGUUGA